GCCUCUGUCGCCUAUUGCCGCACCCUCCGCAAUCCCAUGAGCCAGGCCCCGCCCGGGAUCCUUGUCCCAUUCUGCUCCCGCCUCGCCGUCCCUCCCUGCGGGCUCGCCGGCGGCCGGACCGCCGCCCUCGGUCGUCACGGACGAGACCGCCUCCAGGGUCCCGCGCUCACCGGCCCGCGCGGGCGGAGCCACCUCGCCUGGCCGCGCCGAGGGGCAGGCGUCGCGCCGGAGCCGCCCGCUCCCGCUCCCCUCUGCCGGUGCCGGCGGGAGUGCAGAUCCAUCCGGGCUCGGGUUCGUUUCCUCUGAUCCUGGUUGACUCGCGCUCUGAUUCGCCCAUGGCGGGCAAACGAGAUUGCCGGCACAAAUUCACCGCAUAUAGGAGUAUUCCUCUUUGCCUAUUUCGUGAUGCUUCAGGAGCAGCUUUUUCCAGACGAACAGAUACCAGCCCAUGAAUUUGGUGCCAAGCCAAGAUUCUGCCAGUACAAAUGCCGAUCUGUAGCUGUGAAGAGACAAUCAAUGAGUUUGAGACAUUAACACGUGAUGCUGGACGCGUGCAGCAGGAUACACUAAGAAAGAUCCUUGAGUUGAACGCUAAUGCUGAAUAUCUGAACCACUAUGGCCUCAAUGGGAGGACGGAUGUAGAGAGCUACAAAUCCUGCAUCCCCCUGUGCGUUCACAGCGAUGUUGAGCCAUAUAUCCAAAGGAUUGCUGAUGGUGAUACCUCACCACUGCUCACUGGGAAGCCCGUCACUUCCCUGUCUCUCAGUUCUGGUACAACACAGGGAAAGCCCAAGUUCUUGCCAUUUAAUGAUGAAUUGCUUGAGACCACACUGCAAAUAUUCCAGACUUCUUAUGCAUUUAGGAACCGUGAAUAUCCCAUAGGCAAAGGAAAAGCCUUGCAGUUUAUCUAUGGUAGCAAGCAAGUGGUAACAAAAGGUGGCAUCCUUGCUACAACUGCAACAACUAACUUGUACCGGAGGCCACGUUACAAGGAAGGGAUGAAGGAUAUCCAGUCUCAGUGCUGCAGUCCUGAUGAAGUUGUUUUUGGCCCUGACUUCCACCAGUCCUUAUAUUGUCACUUGCUUUGUGGGUUGAUAUACUCUGACGAGGUCCAUCAGGUGUUCUCAACAUUUGCUCACAGCUUAGUCCAUGCAUUUCAAACAUUUGAGGAGGUUUGGGAAGAUCUAUGUGCUGACAUAAGAGAUGGUGUUCUCUCAGAGAAAGUUACAGCGCCAUCGAUUCGUGAAGCUGUUAUGAAGAUCCUGAAGCCCAACCCUGAACUUGCUGAGUCGAUCCGCAGGAAGUGUAUGGGCUUGAGCAACUGGUAUGGCGUAAUCCCAGCACUCUGGCCAAACGCAAAGUAUGUCUACGGCAUCAUGACAGGAUCCAUGGAGCCAUAUCUAAAGAAAUUAAGACAUUACGCUGGCCACUUACCACUGAUAAGCGCAGAUUACGGUGCAUCUGAAGGAUGGGUUGGCGCUAAUAUAAACCCCACACUGCCACCUGAACAGGUGACAUAUGCUGUGCUCCCUCAGACUGGUUAUUUCGAGUUCAUUCCUUUGGAGAAACCAAAAGGACAGGAGUCGGAGAAUAGUGCAUCCAUUCAUUACAUAGAAUCAGAUCCAGUUGGCCUGACUGAAGUCAAGAUUGGCAAAAUCUAUGAAGUUGUAAUAACUACCUUUGGAGGUCUGUACCGCUACAGGCUAGGAGAUAUUGUGAAGGUAGCGGGCUUCCACAACUCAACACCUGAGCUCCAGUUCAUCUGCCGCAGAAGCCUAGUCCUGAGCAUCAACAUCGACAAGAACACCGAGAAAGACCUCCAGUUAGCUGUUGAGGAGGCAGGAAAGCUCUUGGAAGCAGAGAAGCUGGAAAUUGUGGAUUUUACUAGCUUCGUGGAGAAGUCAAGUGAUCCCGGUCGCUAUGUCAUCUUCUGGGAGCUGAGCUCUGAUGCGAGCGAGGAUGUCUUACGAAGCUGUGCAAAUUGCUUGGAUCUAGCCUUCGUUGAUGCGGGCUACAUGGGUUCAAGGAAGAUUAGGACCAUUGGCCCCCUUGAGCUACGGAUUCUUAAGAAGGGAACCUUCGAGGAGAUCCUAGAUUACUUCCUGAGCCUUGGCGGUGCUGUGAGUCAGUUCAAGACACCUCGAUUCGUCAACCCAUUGAACGUCAAGGUACUGCAGAUACUAAGUAGGAACACCACCAAAAGUUACUUCAGUACCGCCUAUGGGCUCUGA